AUGUUCAGAGCAGCCACACUUCUUCACCGGUCUUUGGCAAGAAUCCCUCGUGUAUCGCACAGUAUAGCAUCGGCCGGCCUGCAGAGAACAUUCACACAAAGCAUGGCCAGAUUGCACGGCCAUCUCCACAAGGCCAAGCCCGGCGAGGAAUUGAAAAUCACGUUCAUCUCGAAGGACGGGCUGCAGCAGACGUUCGAGGUUGCCGAGGGUGACAACAUUUUGGACAUUGCCCAGGCCCACAACUUGGAAAUGGAGGGUGCCUGUGGCGGGUCGUGUGCGUGCUCGACCUGCCACGUGAUCGUCGACCCGGAGUUCUACGACGAGAUCCCGGAGCCGGACGACGAUGAAAACGACAUGUUGGACUUGGCCUUCGGCUUGACGGAGACUUCCCGUUUGGGCUGCCAGGUCAAGAUGACCAAGGACUUAGAUGGCAUCCGCAUUGCUCUUCCUGCCAUGACGAGAAACUUGCAGUCGAAAGACUUCAAUUAG